AUGGAAUUUGAGAGAGUGAUAUGUGAUUUAAGAGCUAGUGUUAGUUUAAUGCAUUUGUCCAUGUAUAAGAUGUUGGAUAUGGGAGACAUGAAACCUACCAAUGUGUCUUCACAACUUGCCGAUAGAUCGGUUAAGUAUCCUAUAGAGAGGGACAUCAUAGAUGUUAAGAGAGUGAAAUUUACCUUUGAGGUGGGAGAAGAUAAAAUUGAAUUCAUUUUUACAAAACUGUUGAAGAAGCAUUAUUUAAGGGAUUCUUGUUGUUUGAUUUCCUUGUUAAACGGUUGUGUUCAAGAGAAUGCACUGGAACCUCCUUCGAUCACUAAGUUGGAAGAGAGUCUACUUCAUGGUACUAAGAUAAAGAUGGUUGAUACCGAGGAUAAGGGUUAUGAAGAAGCCUUGGGGUAA